AUGGAUCCGUUGGAGCCAGGUCAUAUUGCAUUGAGAGGAGAUGUGGACUCGAUGAAAAAUCAGCUAGACCAACUUAUGGAAGCUAUGAUAGUUUUAGCAAAGAAGGAAGACAACAUUCAGCAGACUGCAGUUGUUGAGAAUGUUAUGCUAGCUAUAGUAAAUGGUCUUACCCAACCUCAGCUUGUGCAAACCCCAGUUGAUAACUCUACUGAUAGUUUGACUGGGGCAUUAUUGAGUUGGUACAUGAAGUUAGAAAGGAGUCGUAUUCAAUCAUGGUUGGACCUAGCUAACGGCUUCUUGAAGCACUACAAAUAUAAUUUGGACAUAGCUCUUGAUCGCAUGCAACUGAGAGCCUUAUCUAAAGUGAGUAAUGAAUCCUUCAGAGGGUAUUCCCAAAGAUGGAGAGACUUAGCGGCUUGCGUUGAGCCAUCACUCUUAGACAAAGAAUUGAUGGAAUUAUUCAGGGACACCCUGCAAAGUCCAUACUUCGAAAGGAUGAUUAGCAGCGCAGCAUCAGACUUCGCUCACUUAGUGACAAUUGGGGGACGCAUCGAGAGUGCCCUAAAAAGUGGAAGAAUCCAAGGUGCCUCGAGCAACCAAGCUAGCGAGACAGAAUCCCUCAGCGAUUCCCAAAAGGAAGAGGAUAAUGAAAUAAAUGCAGUCAUGGCAGAUGUGGGGUAUUCUCACGAUGCACCAGCCAUACCUUAUGGUUCUUCACCUUCUCAGCGAUCACCAUUUCCAACACCACGUUAUCCUUAUAAGCAACCCGCAAGUUGUAGAGUGAAUUAG